AUGGGAUUCAAUUCGGUGGCCGCUCUCACCUUCUCGCCCGGUGGCAAUGCCUUCUCCUUCGGCCACCCCUCUGUCGACACCGUCGUGGAACGCUUCCUGGUGGGGAAGGGUGCCGGGGUUGGCGCGAGGGAGGAGGGUGCUGCCAGUGAUGAUCAGAAGAUGGAGAAGCGGCACCAGGAGUUCGACGAGAUGCGCACGGACCUAUCCGAGGUGAAGAAGUGGACCGAGCGCGAGGAGGUCACCGCGAAUGAGCGUGACACGGGGGAGCCGAUAGCGGCUUGGGUUGACCCGAAUGUGCGCGACAUGGGGGACGAGGACAUGGUGGCCUUCUUUGCCGCGCUGAUGCAGAAGACCGUCAUCCGCCCGAUCGAGCAGGACGAUGCCCCGCACGUCUGCUUCUCCAAGGGCCGCGUGGGGUUUUUCAGCAAGGCGAGCGAUCUAGCGGUCCUGACCGGCACCCAGGUGGCCGCUCUCACCUUCUCGCCCGACGACAAUGCCUUCUCCUUCAGCCACCCCUCCGCCGACACCGUCGUGGAACGCUUCCUGGUGGGGGACGGUGUGGGGGCUGGCGCGAGGGAGGAGGCUGCCAUCGAAGAUUAGAAGAUGGAGAAGCUGCACGAGGAGUUCCACGAGCUGCGCACGGACCUAGUCAAGGUGAAGAAGCAGACAGAGCGCGAGGAAGUCACAGCGAAGCAGCGUGAUGCGGGGGAGCCGAUAGCGGCUUGGGUUGACCCGAACGUGCGCGACAUGGGGAACGAGGACUUGGUGGCCUUCUUUGCCGCGCUGAUGCACGUGAAUGACGUCAUCUCCGAAUGCCCCAACCAGGUUCUCUUUCGCGUCGACGUGAGCCGCACGGAGGAGCAGCAGAUGUUGAUGGGGCUGCCUCCCGCACAGGCGUUCACCGCCGGGAUGGAUAGGCAGGAGAUGCCUCCACCGUUGGUGUUCGCCGCGGGUAUGGAAAUGGAGGAGAUGCAGAUGGUGAUACCUCAGCCGCUAGGAUUCGAUGAUGAGAUGGGGAUGCCUCCGCCACCAGAGAUCACUGCUGGGCUGGAGACGAAUGUCGGCUUCCCGUUCCCGUACUGA